CAUGCGGAACAGAAGAGACCGGCUUCUGCCGCAUUUGAAUUUAGUUGGAAAUUUUUGUUUUUGAUUGCGAAUCAAAUCAGAUAAGCACAACCAUUUUUUCUUCUUUUUUUUGUUUUUCUAUUAAAAAUUAAGUAUGGGCAACGUCGCGCGGUCCUUAUUGAGACCUCCAGCAUGGCAAAAAGAGAAAUAGAAAGAAAAAGAUGGUAGAACGCGCAAGGUUCUUGUGUUCGCUAAUUAAGGUGCUUUCCUUUAUCGGCAACAACUGCGAUUGUUUUGUGUUUCUCUUUUGGUAUCAAGCAAGAAAAAAAAAAAAAAUGAAAAGUCAAAAACAAAAGGAGGAAUAAUUUUCUGUUCCUAUAGAAUGGAAUUUUGUCUGACGAUUCAUCGCAGGCAAAAGCUUUUGUUUGCUACUAUACUGUUACUUUUCUUUAGUGUUGUGCAUGUAUAUGUCUACAGUUCACAAGGUCGGGAUAGCAUUACGGUUUCUUUUCACGUUCACCCAGCUCUAGACUAAGCUCGUUUAUUCUGUGGGGCCCGGAUAGCCUUUUGCAAACAACUUGUGGAUCCUUGUGACACGUAAGAAUGUCGUUUGUUGGUAACUCCAAUUUAGGCGGAAAAAAAACGAACACAACUAGGAAGAAGGACACACACACACACACACACACACACACACAAAGGGGGAUUAUAAACAUGCGCGCAGAUGCCACCAACAUCGACGGAGUGCGCAGGAGGACCGACAUGUCCACCGAGUCCGUUUUGGCUGACGUUAGUCCAUGACCGAGAGAUGAUGAAUUGGCCAGCUUAGAUGGAAGACAUUCCCGGCACUUUCCAAAUGGCGCCAAAACCGCUUACAAGCUUUCAUCACCAUGUGGUAACUGGAAAGGAACGAAAAUAUAAACAAAACGAAAAAGAAAAUAGGCGUUAUGAAUUCCAGGCGAUUGGACAAACGUCAGAUCGCAGAGUCCCGAAAAUUUAUUUUCUUUUUCGACAUACAUUUGCUAGCUUAAUUUUAAAUGAAUGCGUCGAAAAUAAAAAAAGGUUUGGGAAUACUUGGCGAAAUGGUCAAAAGCUCUAAAUCAAUCAGCUUCCUUCCCUCCAAAAAGUUGAGUUGAAUUCGAGGAAACGAGCUUUGCUGGCUAUUUCUAUCUCGAAAUAUAUAGUGAAAGCUUUCGUCCCACUCGUCUUGGUAAUCUGCCACGCUUCAGCGAUUAUACGACCGACAGUUUUUUUUUUUAGCUGCCAAUUUUUGUUUUCUGCUUUUACCCAUAGAAUGAGAGCGACCAAGCGACGCCAUGCUGAAUCUUAUUUGGGUAAUAUCAUAUUUUUUUUUUUCUUCUUCCAUUUUUUGUUUAAAGAAAAUUUGUGAAUAAAUAAUGCUGUCGAUGAGAACAGCAGCUGUCGCCGACAGUCAAGGAGGCUGUAAUCUAUGGACAGAAUGCAUUCGUUGCAUAGUCAUCAUAUAAAAUCUGUUUGUCCUCUUAACCCUGCGACUGAUUUAGUUGCUGACCCAACAUCCUGUUUUGAAAAGUCAGAAUGUUAUUACAAGAAAUUCGUAUAUUUUACUAUCAAAUUACGAAUUUUGGUCUCAAACUUAAUCGCCAGAUGUCAUUGCUGAUCAAAGGGUUUUUUUAUAGUUUGUUAUUUAUCGCCAAAAUAGAACUCGAAAGGCAAUUUACGGAUUAUUUGACCCUAAACUUAAAAAGGAAUUUAAAAAAAGGAGAUCCCAUAUCAGAUAUUCCUUCAAUUUUAAUGCCUCCACAAGUAUUAUCCACCCCUAUCUAUUUGGUCAGGUGUAACUGAUUACCUGAGUUAAAGAAAACAAGGCAACAGGUGACAAUAAGAGACUUGGAAAAUGCUACGGUUCCCUCUACCUCCUGUACCAUCAGAUGCUUCACUACCAAUUGAAAGAUUGAAUCCAGGAAUUCAUCAGCAGCUCUGUUCAUGGUUGGAUCGGGAAGGAAGGUCCUGGGAAUUGCUGGAUUUCGCCAUGGCAAAAGUGAAUCCAGGUGGUUUUAUUACCCAUCAACGUGACUGCACCAGUGCACAAUUAUUUUCUAAAUUCAGCAGAUUAAACUGUACAAUUGGAAUUCUUGCCUACUUUCUGGAAAGUUGUCACAUGUAUGAACCACUUUACCUGCUCAAAGAUCGAGUCCCAGUUGAGAUAGUUAAUCAGUUGCCACAGGAGAGUUUGGUGAAAAUCAACACCACAGUUAAACUUGGUUGUGAAGUUACUGGAUUCCCCAAACCUACAUUUCAAUGGUUCUUGAAUGAUACCCCAAUGUCAUCAGAUGGUGCAACACUAAACCCAUUAGUAAUCCCCAAUUUCAGUUAUUCCGAUGUCGGACUCUAUAAAUGUGAAAUUACCCAACGGUGCAGAGAUGGUUCUUUUCAAACAAUAUCUACCAUUCCUUCGAGGGUGAUUUUAGAAAACUGUGCACCUUUUGUCGUGACGGAGCCUCAGAAUUGUCGGAUAGAAGCAGGAGAAUCCCUCGAACUCAAAUGCAGAAUCGAAGGAAACCCAAUUCCUGAUUUUCAAUGGUACAAGGACGACUUUCCACUUUAUAAAGAAGUUUCAUGUAGUUUACAGAUAAGUUCCACAAUGCUCCAUCAUUCCGGAUUAUAUAGGUGCCUGGCGAGAAAUUCGGAAGGGAAAACGCUGACAAGAGAAGCAUUUGUCGAAGUCAAACCACCUCAAACAACCCUGUACCAUCCGGGAGUAUUUACGGAUUAUUCCCCACGACAUAGUGCCUCUAUGAAACAAGCGCUUCUCAUUGGUAACUGGACAUAUGAUAGCCAGAGUCUUCGGAAAGUAAGGGCUGACGUGAAAACCUUACAUGACAUUUUAUACAAAAUGGAUUUUGAGGUUAUCUCGCUAUGUAAUCUUGGCAAGGUUGAAAUUCUUAAUGCUGCCGACCGUCUGUGCGAACUACUUUUACCCGGUGCUUAUGUUGUCGUGUAUUUCGCCGGUCAUGGAAUCCAUUACUUUUUCGAUUAUCUGAUGCCUGUUGACGUAAAAAUGGACUCGGACUAUUCCGUAAGAGAUUUGGUUGACGGGAACGAGAUAAUCUCCCGAAUCCAACAAAAGAAUCCCAAAUUGUUGGUUGUUCUUCUGGACAUGUGUCGCACAAUUCCUCAACAACGCGUAAAUCCACGCAUCACAGCCGAGUUACCACAUCAAGUACCAAGAGAUUCGCGUACUAAUUUGGUGAUGGCUUGGGCAACAGCAGAAAACAGCAAUGCGUUUGAGAUGGGCUACGAGCAAAAUGGAAUAUUUAUGACAUAUUUGAAGAAAGAGAUGGAACAAAGAAAUAUAUUGGUAACUGAUAUGCUCGAACGUCUUAAACGACAUUCCAAACUAGAGAUACCGAUUGAAGCCAGAGACCAAAUGCCUGUAACUUUCUCAAGUUUAGCCGAACCAUUGUCGCUUGACGAUCCGAUUGAUGACAGCCUUGUAGGGGGUAGCCUUUGGAAUGACUGCCAGAUGCUGGCUAAAAGUUGGUUAGAGCUUCCAAAAAAACAAAUAGCAACCGUCCACAUCAACUGCAACACAGUCUUUAUCUACGUUAAUUUCGGCUUGAUGGACGAUUGCUUCAGCAAUGGUCUGAAAAUUGAACUGACAGUAGAAGGCUACGAAAUGAUCACCUUUAAACCAUUUAUUUAUCCAUCAACGCUUGAAAUACUGGAAGUGAAGCACGAACUGGAUCUAAGGAAGUGCACAAUUACGAUACACAAGUUGCAAACGGUAAAGGAAGAUGCCAGUAUUUUCCUGCAGGUUGUUGAAUGUCCCAAUGAACAAAUCGUUGUCCAUCUGGGGCAGCCUCUCAUUGCCAAAGCACGUCUUUCGACCAACAGUUUAUAAUUUUUCAUAGCAAUUCCUUAAACGCUUAUUGUUAUUUCAGGAAAAAUGCUAUUUUUGAUAUUCAGGUUACGAAUUUAAUUUCCUUUGUAUUGUUAUUAUAUUCAGAUCCAAUAUGUAUCUCGUGCAAGGAUAUACAAGACCCUUUCAAGUC